AUGGGCGAAAUUCCAGAACCAGAGGUUCCCAAGCCCACGCCGGAGCCAUCGUCGUGGCUCAGCCUGAGAGUCUUCUACCUGCGGCUGAGCAGGUGCGAGCUGGACGAGACCAUGCUGGACACCCUGAGCAUCACCCACGCCCCGCUCACCUCCGACACCGUCCUGGAAGUGAACGGCGACAGGCCAAGAAGCACCGACAACAACGGCCACGUCUCGUGCCCCCUCCGCAGGGACCGCGUGGACGCGGCGUCGCGCGAGGCCUCCUUCGUCAGCACGGCGACCGUGAGGAUGGCCGGGAGCGUGCGCUUCGAGGUCCGCGUCGGCAGCGGCGAGAGGCUCCUCGUGGGGAUCAUGGAGAUGUGCGACGUGGCGGAGGAGAAAAAGAAGGGGUGGGUCAUGAAGUGCCAGGUCGCGAUGCAGCGGUGCUCGGGGUUCCUGAAAGGCGGCGGGGAGGACGCGAAGUCGCCGAUGGUCGAGGUGUACGUAGCGAGCCUGUUCCGGGGCAGCCCGAUCGUGUUCACCAAGGCGAUGAAGCUGCGGCUCAGGAGGACGCGCCAGGUCAAGGCGCCUUUCAUGGAGCCCAUCCCCGAGUGCGGCGAGCACGCCGACGACGACGCGAAAGAAACGCCGCCUGACCAGAAGCAUGAUCCACAGGAAUCGGAGUACAGGUGCUACAAGCCGGAACCGGGCAUGGACGACGUCGACUACGACAGCUUGUACGCGAGAUCGGCUGGCCUGGACCAUGGCCUGGACGGCGAGGACAGCGAGCUCUCGUGGUUCACCGCUGGCGUCAGAGUGGGCGUGGGCAUCAGCCUGGGCAUCUUCCUCGGGGUCGGCAUCGGCGCUGGACUCCUGGCCCGUUCCUACCAGUCCACCUCCAGGACUAUGAGGCGGCGGCUGAUCUCUGGCCUGCUCUGA